AUGGAUUGUUUAUUAGGCAGUAGUUAUUAUGUACUCAUAGAUUAUGAUAAAUUAUUUAGGAAGUUGAAAUAACAAUAAACCACUAAAAUCACAUCUCCCCAUUAUCAGGCUCUAAAUACAAUAGAACAAGGACAAGAUGAUGAGUCAUAGUGCUAAUUUAAUAAUUUUGGAAAAGUUAGUUCUGAUGACUCACAAUUAGAAAUUGAGGAAUAAUUUAAUGCCAAGUUAAUUGGAAAUAAGGAAAACACAAAUAAUUUGGUUGGUGAAAAAGAAAAUCAAACCAACUAGUUGUUUAAUAAUUUAAAGGAGCUAGAAUAAAAUUGCAAUCUCUCAAUUUAAAAUCUAGUAUAAGAGCAAAAGAAUAUUUAAAUAUAAUUCUCAGAUCUUCAAACUUAAUUCGAAUAACUUAAAAGGUUUUUUGAAGGCAAAAUUACAGAAUAAAUAUAAAUAUAUUCCUAAACUUCAUCCAAACUAGAAUAGCUUGACGAUUUAUCCUAACACUUUCAAACCUAAAUUAGUCUUGUAAAAUAAGAGUAAACUAAAGAAAUUAUUAAUUUAAAUGAAAAAAUGACUGAUUUUACUCAAGCCAUUUAAAAAAAUAUUAAUGAACAUGCUGAUCAAAUUAUUGCUUUGUAGGAAACAUUAUCAACACAACACUAAUAAUUAUAAUAAUAGUAAUAGUAACCUUCAAAUAUUUAAGAGAAUGAAAAAUAAUAAUAACAAUAAUAAUAAUAGCAAGUCUAAUAAAUUGAUGUAAGCACUCCAACUAAUUCUGCAAAUAAUGGUUUCUCCAAAGCAGGACUAACUCGACAAAAUCAGGAAAUAGGAUAAUUAAGGAAAUAAUCUACAUAUAAAAAAACUACGAAACCUUGA